GAACCGGCGAGGACUCCGCGCCCCUUUCACUCCCCGAGCUUGCCGCACCGCUCGCUCGCCUCCGCGCUUACUGGGCCCUGGAGUUUCUAUGUUCCACUAGGGAUCCCAGGCGUGAUAUCUCUCCCAGGGAGGCGUCAGGGGCGAAGGCCAUGGGGGCGGAGCUGCGGCGCGACGACAUGGCGGAGGCGGCGGUGAAGCCCAUCCGCGACUCCGUGGCGUUCCGGUUCGUCGAGCACGUGCUCCAGUCCGUGCGGAUGCUCGCAUCUUCUUCCCUGGGACUGCUCGGGCAAAGGCAGGGCAUGUAAUGAUCAUAAAGGCAUCCUUCCUAUGAGGAGAAGACGUGGGGUUCUGGGGCCUUAUGGAGUUCUGGACCCCUUGAUAUACCGUGCUCACUUCUGUUGCCUAUUGAAGUUAAUUUGGGGAGCCAGGAUCCACUUCUAGUUGACCCAUAUGACAUGGAUCAAUAUAAUAAGAUGGUAAGCACUCUAGACACUAGCAAGAAAAAGACUCCAGAUGAAGAGGCUUUGUAUGUGACGACUUUGAAGGCAUUGUCAGAAGCAGUAUCCAAAAUAGACAUCACAUACCAUCAUUUGCUUUUGAACAAUAUAUUUACCAUCCGCAUCUGGUACUUGCAAAGAGAUACAUUGGAUGCUUUCUUAGACCUAAUAACCAGAUUGGCUGCAGUGGCAGAUCAGUAUCUCAGAGAAUGUUUGCAGAUGCUUGUGAACAACUUUACACCGCCUCUUGUUCAACGCAAUGAGCUGCCCAGAUGGGCGGUUUCAAGGAAGAAGGACAUUUUUUUUCAUCUGUGCGAGAGUUUGAAAACGAUCUCCGAUACUGUACCCUUAGCACCAAGGAUAUUAAGGGAUAUAAUAGAUCGGAGUAUGCCGAAGUUAUUUGAUAACAAAGCUAAGAUGGUCUCGUUUGUCGAAUGCAUGUUGGGGCUAGAUACUGACAGAAUGGGGGACCUUAUUGGGGCUACAUUGCUGGCGAAAGUUGUGGAUCUACUUACGGAGUUGGAUGUUAAUAUAACCUGGGAAGAUAUUAUUCAAGGGGAGCAUAACAAAGGUAUAUUUGAAAUGGAGCUUGAAGAUUUGAAUGAGGAUGAGGAUGGCCUUGGACAAGCGGGAACAAAGGUCCUUUUUGGAGGAAAUGCAUGUGCCGAAAAGCUUGACAGCUUAAUGGUUGUUGUAUGCGAGCACCUUAAGUCAUGUGCGGAGCGUGGGUACCUAGAUAAGGAAUUUGACAUUCUGAAGGCUAUAUUUCGAGCAUCUGUGCUGAGGGUGCACAGAUCAAAAUUUUGCCAGUUUAUCAUGUUCUAUGCCUGCUCACUGGAUCCUAAAAUCUGUGGUCUUGAAUUUGCUUUUUUUCUUACCGAAAUUUUUUUGAACAAGGAAGAGGAUCCAAUUUCAAGGAUGUCUGCAGUUUCGUAUGUUGGAAGCUAUCUGUCUCGGGCCAGGUUUAUUUCCGCUGAUACGGUUCUUGCUAUACUCAAAAAAAUAGUGGAUUGGUGCGAUGAAUAUUGUGUCCUUCAGAACAGAGGGACCACAGCUAAUCCGAAUCAUCAAAUAUUUUACGGGGCCUGUCAGGCUGUGAUGUAUGUCCUUUGCUUUCGCUUGAGAUCUAUUAUGGAUUAUCCCAAUCUUAAAGCACAGCUUUUUCAAUUGUCUUUUGGAUUUAUCUUGAACCACCGUCUGGAACCUCUAAAGGUGUGCUUGCCUUCAAUAGUAAACGAGUUCCUGAGACAGGCCAAGGAUGCCGGAUUGUUCGCUGCAUCCAUGUAUUCAGCAGCUGAAGAUGCAAUCGAAUCUGAUUUGUCCAGGGCUUUUGGAGGAAUCAACAGACUUGACACCUUCUUCCCAUUUGAUCCUUACCUGCUAAAAGAAUCGGACAGAUAUAUCCGUCCAAAUUUCGAGUUCUGGUCCAUGGUCAAGACGACAUACAGCAAUGACAAGGACGAUGACGACGAUGAGCUGCUGGACCUUGAUGCCCCUGAAAUGAACGUGGGCAGCUUGGACGAUCAUGUCGAGAUAGAUAUCAACAGCGACGACGACGAGCUGGAGUACUCGAUGAACAAGAUGUCUAUAACCCCGCACCACUCCUUCUACCACGGGAUGGCCGCGGACGGUGGUGAUGCUGGCCUCAGCAUGCCCGCGAGGAUCAGACCUUCAGCGAGCCCCCCGUCACGAUGGGCCAUGUCAGGAUCACCGUAGGUUGAAGAGACAGCUGAGCCGACUGUACAACAAGGGUCCUUUGGUAGUUUGUGGAGUAAUGUCAAACGGCCCAUUCACUCGGGUGUGUUAAAGCCCAACCAGGUACGAACUUUUGGGGUUGAAAGUGUUAAGUGCAGAUGUUGUUAGAAGACGGCAGUUGUUGAGUGGCUGUGAGAUUAUACUCCCUCCGUUCCCAAAUACUAAUUCUUUC